GGAGCUCUUCUUUCAAGGAGUCUGAAAUUCCAAGAUGGCGGACCUUCAAGAAAGGAAGAUCAAGGAUGCUCAAAUGAGAGCCACCAUUAACCAGAAGUUGGUUGAGACUGGCGAGAGAGACAGACUGAAGGAGUUGUUGCGGACUCGACUGAUUGAAUGUGGAUGGAGAGAGGAACUCAAACAGUACUGCAAGGAGAUUGUCCAACAGAAGGGCUUGGAGCACAUCACUGUUGACGACCUAGUGGCGGAGAUCACACCUAAAGGCAGAGCUCUCGUCCCAGACAAUGUGAAGAAGGAGCUUCUCCAGAGAAUCCGGACCUUCCUUGCCCAGCAGUGAGGCAAUAGACAUAAGGACAAGGGAGAUAAUUCAUCCUAACUGGUGGUCAUUACAUCAUACCUGAACAAAGCACGUCAUAUGUUAAGGUAGUCAGGCUAGCAUCCACAUGGCUAUGCUUGUUGGCUGCAGUAUAUCUCAUGGUCCACCACCACCACUCUCGCAGAUACUCAAAUGACUGACUUAGAUACAUGGCAUCAUUUGUAAUGUCACUGAUGUAUAUAUAACAGUAUUAUUUCCAACACCUUUAUGUAAGUUUGCACCUGUUUUGAUGAGUAAGAUAUUACAUAUCGUAAUUUAUUUUUGGAAAACGCCAGCUGUCAUUUUGAAUCAGUCCAGAAUUUGUCAGUGUAUUUAUGUAGCAUGAUGCUAGGGACGUUGUCAGCACAGGACUUGUAUUGAUCUCAGGUGUUGGUAGUGUGUCCAUUUAUGUCAUAAUGUCUUCAUGAUAUGGUUGCCAUGGAAUUAGCUACUGAUGUUAUUACCAUGGUGACCUUUUUUGCGAGCUUCCAUUACUGGUGAAUAUGAAGCAUUGAUUAUGAUAUUGAUAUGUGUGCACAUCUUCUGGUGUAAUAUUACUUGAAUGAUUGUGUCAGGCAUUACCAACUCAUGUAAUCAAAGUAAACAUUCAAUGCUGAUAAUAUUUAAUGAUUAUGAUCAAUAGUUAAUUAUAUGGCUAGUGUGUAGUUAUUUGUGGUCCUACCUUUUGUAUUUUGUAAUUCCUUAGAAAAAAAGCAAAUUUGACUGAACUGAUUUUGGAGUAGGUCUGGUUCUUGUGUGUUCAUGCACAGAAGGACCAUACAGACUUUGAAAGCCUGGUCUAUAUGAGGUCUAAAUGGUCUAUUUGCUUCUCAAGUAGCUCUACUCAAGACAGGUUUAGCUUGAUGAACAUGGCUGGAACUUCGUAAGCUUUCCUAAAUAUGUAUAAUAUGUAUGUACCUUGCCUCAAAUGUCCUUCAUGACAGCAGUCCAGUCUCUUCACAUUUGCGGAAGGCUGAUGAGGUUUAACAGUCAAUGCAACAUGGCUUUCUAGAGGCUUUUUACUACGCUCAGUAGGUGCAGUGUGUAACAGUCUAUUCUGAGAAAGUUAGCUUUAAACGUUCAUAUGUCAAUCUUACUCGGGUGACUUCACCCAUUAGGUUUUAAGCAGCAUUGGGCAUUCUAGUAAGUUCUAGGCCUGUCACUGUUAAAUGUAGACAUUCAUUUAUUGCAUUGUUUAUAGUUCUCUGCAAUACGGCCAAAAUUUUGUAGUCAUCACUUGCGGUGUGUUUCCUUGUCAGUACCAGAUUGUUUUUUAGGUUCUUGUACUGAAUCUGUCCAAUGUCACAGUGACCUGCCUUCUCACAGGUAACAGUGUUUAUAACCUCUAUCUGAAGCCAAAGCAGAUAAAUGGCCAUGCAACACUUACAUCCAAAUAUUAUAUUUAUGAUUAAAGCUGUCAAUACUUCAA